UAUAUUUUAUAUGUGUUAUAAUUUGUUUAUUGACUUGACUAUGUUUAUUAAUGAUCGAUUAUUGACGGGUGCUGGAGUGACGGAUGAACCGCGGGUGCGACAAACGACAAUGGUGGUCGGGGGAGGCGCGUGGGCGCUGCCACUCGGCAGCCAAAAUCUGUACUUUCCUUCGACUUUCUCUCGGAGGUGCGAAAGGUAUUCACCGGGGGCACGCAAUGUUCAUUCAGUAGCGGCCGAGGCAUACGUACGCGUUCUAAUCUCCGGCGCGGCGUCGCAUCACUGCAUAUCCGAUAUUCAAAGCACCUGCAUACUUCCUUGUUUAUAAGCGUUGUGUCGUGUGAGGUGAGCGGAUUCGCCUGGUGGCGUGUGCGCUGUGCUGUGAUGUCAGAGGGAGGCAGGGCGGCCAUGGCUCGCGGUCACUCCGCGCUCGUUGUUUUGCUGUGCGCGCUACGCGCCACUACGCCUGCGCGUUUUCCUGAGAUCCUGCCGUUACAGGGCUGGUUUGAGGGGCAGGAUGCGGGGGACGCGGACAUGCAACUGGUGUACUUGCCAGCGCUGCUGCCACGCGAGGCACAGUCCGCAGACGGCAGCGAUGAUCGCGAUGUGCCGCUGCCCUACAAGUUUGACGCCUUCGGACGAAGCUUUGACCUGCGAUUGCUACCCAACCGCCGGCUUGUGUCGCCACAGUUUGCAGUGUGGUCAGAGAAAGGCGAAGAGGCGCCUCUGUCGUCCAUCGACACAUCCUGCCAUUACCUGCACGCCGGACCUAACACUGUCGCCGCGUUUUCUGCUUGUAAAGAUCAUGCGCUUCAUGGAUUAAUUGUGACUGAUAAUUCGACAUACGAAGUACGACCUUUGCCGUACGGCGCGGGUCGUGCACAAGAUGGCGGCGGGCGCCGAGCCCACGUGAUCCGGCGCACGCCCCCGCCCCCCGCCUCAGCCGGGGAUGCGCAGUACAUUCGCCCGCGAGUGCGGCGUCCGCGCCAGCCUCGGGUGCACGCCAACUUACCCUCCAAGUACACUAUAGAAAUAGCCCUGUUCCUAGACGAAGCCGGCUACAAACUCUUCUAUCCCUUCCUUAACCACAAUGAAAGUGAUCUACGCGAUAUGCUACUGGCAUACAUCAAUGGAGUCCAAGCUUUAUACCACCAUGCUUCAUUGGGAACCAGGAUCCAGCUGUCGCUGGUGCGGCUGACACUGUUGCGAUCACAACCCAGCGAGUUACCGCCGCACGCCGAGAGAGGGCGACUGCUCGACUCAUUCUGCGCGUACCAAAAGUCGCUCAAUGUCGACGACGAUGACGAUCCUCAGCAUUGGGAUAUGGCACUUUUGCUAUCCGGGUUAGACUUUUACUCGGAGGAAGGCGGUCGCCGUAACGGAGUGACGAUGGGCCUGGCGCCGGUGGGCGGCGUGUGUCUGCCGGCGCACGCCUGCGUCGUCUCCGAGUUCGGGGCCAGCGACCAGCUCGGCCGCCCCUACCCCUCCGCCGGGUUCACCUCCGUUUACAUACUCGCUCAUGAGAUAGGACACAAUCUGGGCAUGCACCACGACGGUACGGGCAACGCGUGCGCGCGCGAUGGCUACAUAAUGUCGCCUUCGCGGGGCACUCACGGCGAGGCUUCCUGGUCCCGCUGCAGCGCCAAGGUCGCCGCAGACCUUCAAUGGGCAACAUGCCUGUUAGACGGCUCAGACGACGACGAAGAUAUACCUGAACAGCUCCAUCACGAGCGCUUCGGCGGCGCCCCGGGGAUUGUGUGGGACGCUAAGAAACAGUGUGAGGUGUUGCUGCGCGAUGUGGACGCGGCGCCGGUGUUGGAGGGCGGUGCAGGCGGCGCAGGCGGAGCUGGCGCGGCGCAGUGCGCACAGCUCACGUGCCGCUCGCCGCACCGCCUCGGCUUCUACUACGCCGGCCCCGCGCUGCCCGGCACGCCAUGUGGACUGCGCAAGUGGUGUCAAGGCGGUGAGUGCGUAGCGACGGAGCAAUUGCCGGCAGCGGACAGCCCGGUGCCGGGGGGCUCGGGGGGCGCAGGGAGCGCGGGGGGUGCGAUGGGUGCGGGGGGCUGGGGCGCAUGGCAGGCGGGUGUCUGCCGGUCGGGCUGCACGCUGCGGGCACGCGGUGCGCUGGAGCGGCGCCGCUCGUGCAGCACGGGCGGCGUCUGCGAGGGUGCCGCUUACGAAGUCUCGCUCUGUGAUGAUACUAAGGUGUGCGGCAAGAAGAGACGUGUGAGUGCGAACGAGUACGCGGCGCGGCGCUGCGGCGAGUACGCGGCGCGCCUCCCCGCGCUCGACGCACGCGGCGGCGGACUGCAGGCGCCGCACGAUCAGUCUCGUAUGUGGAUGGGGUGCGCGAUCUUCUGCCGUCGCGCGGCCGGCGGGGGUUUCUACGCGCCCCGUGUCGAGCUGAAUGCUGCCGGCCUCGACCCUUACUUCCCCGACGGCACCUGGUGUCAUAACGACGGAUCCAAUGACUACUUCUGCCAACAACACCACUGUUUGCCCGAGAAUUUCAAAAUGACACCGCAAUGGCACGUUUGGGAUUUACCUAGUCAAGACGUAGGGGGUCCAUUCAAUGCUCGAGCGCGAUCCUUUAACGAUGACCAGGAGGCAGCAAUGCGAGCUUACCACACAUUGAACGAGGCCGGGACACCCCUCGCGAGAGCAGCAUUGCCACCACAAGUACCAGAAGAACCCGAACACAACUGGGAAGUUAUUGACUAUAUUGAAAUAAAUAAUCGAACUGACUCCGUUUACGUCGAAACUUAAUGUAUUAAGAAGUACAUUUGUCUUGCCAAACGUAUUUUAAUAGGCUCAUUAUGAUGUCGGUUUGUUAGUGGAUUUAAGAUAGGCGCAUCACGUACAAGUCCUUAGUAACGCAUAAAUCUUUAGAUUUACGAUUCUAGCGAGUCGUAGAUAUAAAGUACAAUGAUAAAUAAAUACUAAUGAAUGUAACGUACGUAAGUUUGAUAUGAUCAAAUACGCAUUUACUGAGUUAAGAUUUUUUCAGUAUUAAUAAAUA